GGAUUGGCGUUUCAGGUUCAAAACUUUCGUCUGAGCCGAACCUGAACAUCUUUUUGCGUUUGCAUCCAAAUGCCGCCCUUCACUUUAUCCAUCGAUGACUGAUGAGUGUCUGACUCCCAGCAGCAGGCAGCAAUAGAGGCGUCCGUCAGUCGUCAGCCAAACACCCUCUAACUCUAAUGGCGCCUUCACCAUAAAAACAACACCAAAUCCCCUACCUCCCUCUCCACAGACUCAACAAUCAAAACCAUCGAAAAUGUUCGGAGCUCAAGCUUCCAGUUCCGCCUUCGGCGCUCCUUCUUCAACGCUCUCGUUUGGCACUCCCUCUUCCACUCCUGCCUUCGGCACUCCCUCUUCCACGACGGCGUUUGGAACUCCGUCUUCGACUCCUGGUUUUGGUACUCCGUCCUCGACGCCGGCGUUUGGGACUCCUUCAACGCCAUCUUUCGCUACAGGUUUUGGCGGCUCCUCUCUUUUCUCCUCUCCGUUCUCUUCUCAAACGCAACAGCAACAGACUCCGUUAUUUCAACAACAACAACCAACUGCAGCCGUAGCAGCACCUUCUGGUGGUUUCGGAUUCCAGACUCCGUCAUCCACUCCUCUCCACAAUGCUCAAUUGACAACCCAAAUGGCUCCCGUCGCUCCUCUCCCUUUCUCUCUCGCUGAUCGUGAUAUUCAAGCCAUUGUGGAUGCUUACAAGGAGGAGCCUGGGAACCCAAAGUAUGCUUUCAAGCAUUUGUUGUUUAGUGUAAUAGAUGCGCAGUCCAGGGGGAAGCCGGCUGGUGUAUCAGAUAUCAUGUGGGCGGAAGCUAUGGCGAAACUGGAGGGUAUGGAGAGUGCUGAUCGAGAAAGACUCUGGCCUCAGCUUGUUCAGGGUUUUAAGGAUCUUUCACAGCGGUUGAAGCUACAAGAUGAAGUCAUCCUUUCAGAUGCUGAGAGAUUGCGAAUGACACGGAGCAAUGUAAAAAUGCUUCAAAGGCAUUUUCAAGCUGAAACUCUUCCAUGGAUCCAGAGAAUGAGACAGAAGGAGCAAAGCCUUCAAAGGCGCCUCUUAAAGAUGAUGAGAAUAGUGGAAGCAUUGGAGGGUAAGGGUUGCCGGUUGCCUUUAAUGAAAGGGGAAGUUGAAUUGGCUGAGAAGUUGGCUGCAAUAACUAGACAGUUGAAAGGAUCUGGAGCAGAACUUUCUAGGAGGGUUGAAAACUUGCACAUCGUGUCUCGUGUUCAAGCAAAUGCUAUUGGUGCUGGAGGUUCUCUUUAUCUUACAGGAUCAACUAAAAUCCAUGAGCAAAGUCUUGCUGAAAUGCAGGAGGUAUUACAACAGCAGACGGAGGCCAUAGCAAGGCUGGGCAAUGUGUUGAAGCGAGAUAUCAGGGAUAUGGAGAUAAUAAUGGCUGAAGACACGGAUAUGACAGAAGAUGGGAGCUAGAAUGAUGAUAAAUCUCUGAUGAUUCUUUGAUGUUGUUUUCAAGUUUUAUAGUUGGAUUAGAUAGGAAUUCAAAGAUUGCUGUUUUCACUUUUUCUCACCAAUAUUCAUCAGUGAUGCAAGAGAGUGAUGAUCAAUUCUAUGGUCUUGGGAGUUCUAGGAACUUCCAUAUUGAUCCUAUACAAAUAGGAACUUCCACCUGAGGAGGAUCAAGGAGCUGGACUCCGAAGUCGGGGUUAGAUGUUUUUCACUUCUAGCUCUGGGAGCACAUCAUGAUAGUGUUAACGACUUGUAUGGGUUGUUUAAUAUCAGCCACACCAAAUUCUUUGGUCGGUCUUGAUGAAGUCGACGUAACUCUGACUUGAGUUUAUUAUC